AUGGGGUGGAAGGCCCUUCAGCUGGCCACGGCUAUUGUCGUGUUUCAGGCCCUCCUUGUGCAGGUCCACUGCGCCAGGACCAAGCUCCGAAAACAACGGUCCAGGCCGGUGCAGGCUCAACAACCUGCGAAUGGGAAUUACGACUACGACUACUACGGGAAUUACGACGACUACGAGGACAGAAACGAAACAGCACCGAUAAAUACUUCAUUACCUGUCACUGCACCUGAUACUGGUAGUGUGGUCAGAGGCGAAUCACCAGCAGAAGGACAGCAACCAUUUCAUAGACCAGCACUGCCUACAGAUCUACCAGUACCAACAACGGUUCGAUUUUUUCAUCAAGGUAUUCUGCCUGAUGAAAUAGCCGCUACUUCUGCUUCAACAGAUCACUCAUCGCCAACAGAAAUUGUACCCGGUGAAAGCAAUGUAAUAAACGCGGUUGCCGUACCGGGACCUAGGGGCGACCCAGGUCGACAAGGCGAUGCUGGCCGGCCAGGCGAUGUUGGAUUUCCUGGACAACCUGGAUCACCUGGUGUUCCAGGACCCCCAGGACCACCAGGAUCCGUGCCUGAUGUAUCGAUGUACUAUCAGCAAUUGGCUUUAUCCCAAGCAAAUGAAGAUAAAGGUCCAACCGGAGCAGCAGCACCACUGUAUGGUCCAGAAGCUUUCUUACAAGCUCAAGUAGGUCCUGUUGGUCCACGUGGUCCAGCAGGUCCGCCUGGUCCACCUGGUCCACAAGGCUUUCAAGGAGUACGAGGAGAACCUGGCGAACCUGGAUCUGUGGGUCCUACAGGUGCAACAGGUCCUCGAGGACUACCCGGUGUCUCGGGAAAAGAUGGUAACACUGGUGAAGACGGAGAAACUGGUCCCCCAGGAUCACCAGGCCCAGUUGGUUCAAUGCCUGGGUUCCCUGGUAUAAAAGGACACCGUGGUUUCCCAGGAUUGGACGGAGCAAAAGGAGAACAGGGUGUAUCGGGAGAAAAAGGAUCGAUAGGUGCACCUGGUCCAAUGGGAGCAUUGGGUCCUAUGGGUCCUGCGGGUCCACGUGGUGAACGAGGCAGAGAAGGUCCAUCAGGAUCGCCAGGAAUCAGAGGAGUAGAUGGAAUUCCUGGACCCCCUGGACAACCUGGUGCAUUAGGUAAAUCAGGACCGCCCGGUUAUCCCGGUAACCCUGGUGUAAAAGGAGACCAGGGAGCUCAAGGACCGAAAGGCAGUCAAGGCUUACAGGGACCACGAGGAGAAACUGGUCGUCCAGGACAGCCCGGGGAAUCAGGACCACAGGGUCCCCAAGGAAAAGAUGGAAUACCUGGGGAGAAAGGAAGUAUAGGUCCGCAGGGUUUAGUCGGUGCAACUGGAUUUCCUGGAGCUCGCGGACACCCCGGAAUACUUGGCAAUCCUGGUAUUCCUGGAACGAAAGGAAUGCCUGGACCUACAGGCGAAAGAGGAUUUAAAGGCGAUUCCGGUUCUAAAGGUGAUACAGGUACACCGGGACCACGUGGUUUGCCUGGUCCACCUGGAAAUGAAGGGAAGAGAGGAAAAAGGGGAAUGCGUGGUCCAAUUGGCGCAGUAGGACCCGCCGGAGAACGUGGAAGUCCAGGUGCACCAGGUCUUCCUGGACCAGAUGGAUCUAUGGGACCUAAAGGUCAGCCUGGAGAUCGUGGGCUAAUUGGUGCCACUGGACCAAAAGGCGCUACAGGAGAUCCUGGUCGUAUGGGGCCAGCCGGAUUACAGGGUGCUCGGGGAUUAAUCGGUCGUCCUGGUGCUCCUGGAAAACCAGGUAACCCAGGAGAUCGAGGAAUCCAAGGUGCUGACGGAAAGCCUGGUGAACAAGGCCCAUCUGGUUUACAAGGCUUGCCUGGCCCGAUAGGUUUCCCAGGAGAAAAAGGAUAUCCGGGUGAAGCAGGCAGGGCCGGAGAACCAGGAAAUCCGGGACAACCUGGUCCUAGAGGUGAUACAGGAAAAGAGGGAGCACCGGGUCCACAAGGCUCACCUGGCCCGUCAGGAGCAGAUGGUGAACGAGGUCCGCCAGGCGCUCCUGGUUCUAGAGGUUUCCAGGGUUUUCCAGGUACAAUUGGUAACCCAGGUACGGCAGGUAAAGAUGGAGAACCUGGUGUACAAGGGCCGCCAGGGCCACCAGGUACACAUGGUAAUAGAGGUGAGCGCGGAUUCCCCGGUGAAAGAGGACAAGCAGGAGUGCCAGGACCUGUGGGACCGAAGGGAGAACGAGGAGCACAAGGGACUGAUGGCCCUCCUGGAUUGCCUGGAUCAAAAGGAGAUAGAGGAAGUACUGGUCCAUCUGGAUUAUUAGGUUUGCCGGGAUUACGAGGUGCUCCGGGAGAAUCCGGUCCGAAAGGAGAGAGGGGAUCCAGUGGUCCAUCUGGUCCGGAAGGACCGCCUGGACGUCUUGGAGAACGUGGGCCUCAAGGCCUAGUUGGUCCACCUGGUCCACCAGGUGAACCGGCUGAACGAGGAGAUCCUGGUUCGCCUGGUUCUCCAGGAGAAGCUGGAGCUCCUGGUAAUCCAGGUGAAAGAGGACCACAAGGUUUGCAAGGAUCGCAAGGUUUCCCAGGACCGCAAGGACUUGUUGGUCUACCAGGAUUAAAGGGCGAUCGGGGUUAUCCAGGUGCAAAAGGAGAUCAAGGAAAUUCUGGCUCUCCAGGCAGUCCUGGUGAAACUGGACCACAAGGUUUAAUUGGAUUGACGGGAGCUAAGGGUGUAAGAGGUGAACCAGGUCCCAGAGGAGAAACCGGUAUCAUGGGACCACCUGGAAUACCCGGAGCAAUUGGAGUAGCAGGUCCGCAAGGUACCGUAGGACAAGCGGGUCCUCCUGGGCUACCCGGUAUUAAAGGUGCUGCUGGAGAAACAGGACGACCUGGGAAUUCUGGUGCAGCUGGAAACCCAGGUUUACCUGGUGCUGACGGAAGCAAAGGCGAAAGUGGAUCUGAAGGACCACCAGGUUCACCAGGUCCUCAAGGCCCCCAAGGUAAUUCUGGUGAAAGAGGUUUACCAGGUUUACCAGGACCUUCUGGACCAGUUGGUGCCAGAGGAUUGCGAGGCGCGCCUGGUGAGUCUGGAAUACCUGGAAAGCCGGGGCCAGAAGGUCCACCAGGGCCUCUUGGUUUAGUUGGACCAAUGGGACUAGCUGGAUCACCAGGUGAAGUUGGAGUAGAAGGACCAGCUGGUAAACCUGGACCUCCUGGAAUAUCUGGUCGCACUGGGGAUAAAGGACCACCUGGAGCUGUGGGACAACCAGGAUUACCAGGUCCAUCGGGUUUGCCGGGGCCACCCGGUCAAGCAGGUCUACCAGGGUCAGUUGGAGAAAAAGGUCCAAAAGGAGAAACAGGUCCUCAGGGUGUAGAAGGACAACAAGGACCCAGAGGAAAAUCUGGACCUAUAGGGCUAGAAGGUCCAAAAGGUGAUCGUGGUGAAGAGGGCCAGAAAGGCGUCAAAGGACAUAGAGGAUUUACUGGUUUACAGGGUUUACCUGGACCAAUAGGUUCACCCGGAGAGAAAGGUAUGACUGGAAAUCCUGGUCUACCUGGUAAAGAUGGAGAAUCUGGGCCCAGAGGUAGUCCUGGUAGAGAUGGUAAUCCUGGCCCAAUUGGAUUAACUGGUAAUCCUGGACCAAAGGGUCCUUCUGGUGAUGAAGGUCGUCAUGGACUACCAGGUCCACCUGGUCCUCCAGGACCUGCAGGUCCACCUGGUGAACUUGGAUUAGGAUACGAUGCUGCUUCCUUAGCUGCACUGUUAGGACAAGGUCAAACUAAAGGUCCAGAUCCAUUAAUCGGGGAUGAACCACCUAGAAUAUUUAGUCAAGAAUUCACAGAGGAAGAAAGACGAGAACUUAUAUUGAAAGCAUACAAACAGUUAAACGCAUCCUUCCAAAAACUUAUGAAACCAGAUGGUGAAAAAAAUGCACCUGCUAAAACAUGUAGAGACCUUUACGUAGCUUAUCCAAAUAAACCUUCUGGAGAAUAUUGGAUAGAUCCGAAUGAAGGUGAUGCUAGAGAUGCAAUUUUGGUGUAUUGUGAUGCUAAAAAACGUGCAACAUGUCUGUUACCAAAUCCAGUGCGUUCACCAGAAAUCAAUUACAUCACUGAUCAACAAGAAAUUUGGUUAAGUGAAAUCGAAAAUGGAAUGAAGAUUACUUAUAAAACAGAUAGUAAUCAAAUUAGCUUUUUACAAUUACUGUCGAAGUAUGCUUCUCAAAAUAUAACUUACCACUGUAAAAAUAGUGUAGCAUACUUUGACUCUGAACGGAAAACAUAUAGGAAAGGUAUGAAACUUUUAACAUGGAAUGAUGCUGAAUUAACACCACGUGGAAAUCAACGACUUAGAUAUGAGAUGAUAAUGGAUGAAUGCAAGUUACAUGGUGAAGAAUGGGGCAAAACUAUAAUCUCGUAUGAAACUGAUAAACCUGUAAGGUUGCCAAUAAUAGAUGUUGCUUUACGAGACAUUGGAAAACCUGAACAAAGUUUUUACAUAGAAAUUGGCCUUGUUUGUUACGAAUAA